CUGGCCCGCAAAGCGCGCGAUGCGAGUCGUAAACUGCAACAGCUCCCCUCGCGCGAGCGCGCCGCGCUGCUGCGCGCCGUCGCGAACGCGCUCGAACGUCGCGAGAGCGAAAUCCAAGCCGCGAACGACGAAGAUUUGCGACGCGCUGAAUCGUCCGAUGACGUCGAAGAAGCGCUGCUGCAGCGGUUGAAACUGAAACCUGGAAAGGUGAAGCAGCUGGCGGACGGCGCGCGGGCGAUCGCGAACAUGGAAGAGCCGAUCGGGAAGCCGCUGAGCGCGAUGGAGUUGGCGAAGGGUUUGACGCUGACGAAGGUGACGGCGCCGUUGGGGGUGCUUUUGAUCAUAUUUGAAAGCCGGCCGGACGCGCUGCCGCAGAUCGCGUCGUUGGCGCUGCGGACGGGGAAUGGACUGCUGCUCAAGGGUGGGAAGGAAGCGGCGAGCUCGAACGCGAAACUGCGGGAGGUCAUCGUGGACGAAUUUGAGGCGUUCGGCGUACCGAAGGAAUGCGUGUGCCUGAUCGAGGGUCGAGAAGCGGUGGCAGAUCUGCUGAAGCUGGAUGACGUGAUCGAUUUGGUGAUUCCGCGCGGUUCGAACUCGUUGGUGACGUACAUUCAGAAUAAUACGAAGAUUCCCGUGCUCGGGCACGCGGACGGCGUGGUGCACGUGUACGUCGACAAGGACGCGAAUGUUGACAUGGCGGCGAAGUGUGCGAUAGAUUCGAAGAUUGAUUAUCCCGCGGCGUGUAACGCGUUGGAGACUUUGCUCAUUCACGACGAUCUUGUCGCGAAUGGAGGCGCGGCGGAACUCAUGACGGCGUUGCGCGCGGCGGGCGUCGAACUCUUUGGCGGACCGCGCGGGACAAAGGAACUCAACCUACCAGCGGCACCGGCGCUCCGACACGAAUACGGUGGCAUGCAAUGCUCGGUGGAACUCGUGAGCUCUAUGGAUAACGCCAUCGAUUACAUCCACGCCAACGGUUCGGCGCAUACUGAUUGCAUCAUCACGUCGAACCAAAAGACGGCGGAUGAAUUCAUCGCUCGCGUCGACAGUGCGUGCGUGUUUCAUAACGCCUCCACGCGCUUCAGCGAUGGAUUUAGAUUUGGUCUCGGCGCUGAGGUUGGUAUAUCUACUUCGCGAAUCCAUGCCCGCGGGCCCGUGGGCGUCGAAGGAUUGUUGACGACGCGCUGCUUGUUGCGAGGCAAGGGGCAAAUUUGCAACAAGGACAAGGGCGUGGAGUUCACGCACAAGCGACUACCGCUU